AUGGAGGUGAAGUUGAGAUUGAAGCUUGGAGGUCGCGAUGGAUUGGAUCGUGCCUCCCGUCAAUGUCUGGGAGAAUCGGAGGGUGGAGUCUUUCCUUACAUGUUGGAGACUGCUUCAGUCGCGGCCAGCAUUGUGCAUCACGCAGCUCGCACUCCUGGUGAUGGCAUAAACUCGCCAACCGAAGGCGUUGCUCCUGUCAAAUCUUCCCACCAGGCCAGCAUCUCUAAUCUUGCCGGGUGCGUGUCUCACCGAGAACACCACACCUACCCUUCCGAGCUUCCACACCUUCCAGAACUUGCUGCCCCAUGUUUCAACAAGCUUCUGGGCGUCGACAAGUAUAUUAGCUCGCUUGGCCUCGUCUCCAUACUGUCCUCUUCCGCGCCCACCUUCAUUGCUCCUUCGAACGGAACAGACGUCAUGUGUUGGGACAUGUCAGAGCUUCUUUGCCACCGCAAUCACCAUGGAUUGAAGAACCGUUCUUCAUCAGACAUCAAGAGCAUUGGCCUUCCUUUCUGGUUGGAGCUUUUGUCCCAUGAACAGAACGCAGGGCUCGCCAAGCCAGUCCUAUUUCAGGGUAGCCGAAGAUUGACAGAUAUUGGAUGUUACCGACAGCAAAACGGGGACCCCUCUUCCUACGCAGUAUCUAGCUCGACAGCCUGUCACCAGUUGAGCAUUGCUAUUGCUGACGGAUUGGUCGCCAAGGGUAUUAACAGACCAUUUUCUAUAUGUACACCAGCAGGUACCACUGGUACCAAAUCACACCUCGAAGACGGUCGGUCCGAUUACUUGCAACAAACCCCUUGA